CGGCCGCCGCCCGACCCCAUGAAGGAGAUGAAGCAGCGGAGGAAGAAGGAGCGCACGUGGGCUGAGGCCGCCCGCCUGGUGCUUGAAAACUACUCCGAUGGACCGAUGACCCCGAAACAGAUCCUGCAGGUCAUAGAGUCUGAGGGCCUGAAGGAAAUGAGUGGCACCUCCCCGCUGGCCUGCUUGAACGCCAUGCUCCAUUCAAAUUCCAGGAGCUGCGAUGGACUUUUCUACAAGCUCCCCGGGCGCAUUAGCCUGUUCAGCCUGAAGAAGGACGCUGUGCAGUGGUCUCGGAGCCUGUCUGCUGCGCCAGACGGAGAAGAGCUGGACGAUGCCGUGGACGCCGAGAGCAGCGGCUCCAACGAAGCCAGCACCGUGAGCGGCGACAACGACGUAUCUCUAGACGAAACCUCUUCAAAUGCCUCUUGUUCCACUGAGCCCCAGAGCAAAAACACGCCUGCUUUGCGGGAGAGCCACAGAGCGGCUUCGCAGACAAGCAAGCAGAAGAAGAAGACGGGCGUGAUGCUUCCCCGCGUGGUGUUGACACCUUUGAAAGUAAACGGAGCUCACCUGGAAACUUCGUCAGGUUUCACAGGAAGACAAACAGGCGGCGAGAGCAGCAGCAGCUCCUCAGCCCUGUCCAGUGCCACGGCACGCAGCAGGCCGGAAAUCGCAAGGGACCCUUCCCAGAUGCUUCGAGGGUUCCGGAAACCUGCGGGCGGACAAAUGAAGAGGAACCGGGGCGACGAUAUAGACUUUGAGACGCCGGGCUCCAUCCUUGUAAACACCAACCUGCGAGCGCUGAUCAAUUCCAGGACCUUCAAUGCGCUGCCCUUGCCCUUCCAGCAGCAGCUCCUGCUCCUCCUCCCUGAAGUGGACCGGCAGGCUGGGGCAGACGGGCUGAUGCGUCUCAGCGGAAGCGCUCUGAACAAUGAAUUCUUCACCCACGCCGCCCAGAGCUGGCGGGAGCGCCUGGCCGACGGCGAGUUCACUCACGAAAUGCAGGUUCGCAUAAGACAGGAAAUGGAGAAGGAGAAGAAAACGGAGCAGUGGAAGGAGAGAUUCUUUGAGGACUACUAUGGGCAGAAGUUGGGCUUGACCAGAGAGGAGCUGCCAGAGCAGAACUCGGCACCAGACGACACAAAGAACGGCACCGCCCAGCCUUCCGCGGAGGGGCCCGUGAGGACUCAGCCUGGCCCUGUCACCCGCCAGCGUGACGGGCAUUUCAAGAAGCGUUCCCUCCGCUGCAGAACCCGCAGGAGCCUCUACAAGCCCCGCGAGCAGGAGCAGGCGGAGAGCACCCAAGUGGCCGGGUCUGCGGAGCCGGAGCCCUCUGGCUGCAGGGAGGCGGAGCCGGAGGUCGACUUGCACAAAGGGAGCCAGGCCUCACCGAAGCCAGAGAGCCCGCCCAAGGCUGCCCGGCUUCCGAGCGAGGGAGACAACGUGACAUCGGCGGCGGUGGCAGCAGCAAGCAGAAUUCCCAGCUUGCCGCAGGAGUCACAUGAUCGGGAGUCACAUGAUCGGGAGUCACAUGAUCGGGAGUCCAAGGAGCAGAAGCGGAAGUGCUUUGAGCAGGCCGCCUCCACCUCCUUCCCCGAGAAGAAGCCCCGGCUCGAAGACCGUCAGUCCUUUCGUAACACAAUUGAAAGUGUUCACCCAGAAAAGCCACAGCCCACCAAAGAGGAACCCAAAGUCCCACCCAUCCGGAUUCAACUUUCCCGUAUCAAACCCCCCUGGGUGGUUAAAGGUCAGCCAGCCUACCAGAUAUGUCCUCGGAUUAUCCCCAAUCCAGAGCCCGCCGGCCAGGACAGAAACGGGGCCACAGCCUCUGCUGACUUUAAGGCCUGUGCUCUGCAAGACGGGGUCCAGCGAGAGACUGCUGCUCUUGCCUCCCCCAUUGGAGGUGGCGGUGGGCCAGGGGGAGGCGGAGGCGGCGGCCCGGACGAAGGCGGCGGCCGUGGUGGUGGUGGCGGCGGCAGCCGCAGCACCCGCAGCAGAGGCAGGCAAUCCGGCGGCCGCCCAAAGCGCUGGAGGUCCAGGAGAGCUCACCGGAAGCGUUUGUCAAAUCUACAACGAACACAGCUAUUGCCGCCUUCCCACCUAGACCAGCCGGGCUGCGAGUCGGCUAAAAGGAACUCGCCCACCUACGGGAAAGCGGUUUCUCCACCCAGAGCUGAGGGAGCCAUGGUGUCGGGGUGGGCUGCUGGCGUGGCUUCGUUUGCCCUUGAAGGUGGCGCUUGCAUCGCAGAGGCUUCCGGGAGCAGCCUCUCGGACAGUGCUCCGGCCCAGCUGCCCCUCGAUUGCUUAGCCACGGCUGCACUGGAUGGUCCCUCCGGAUGUCUUCGGAGUGACAUGAGCCACGGGCCGUCUCUGGGUGCUACUACUCAGGGGGCUUGUGAUCAACAGGAGGGAAGGAAGCUUUCUCCAGGGAGUUGUAACAGCCCCUCUUGGCUAGAAGACUCUCCCGUUAUUCCCCUAGGAGACACCCAUACAGCAAAUAGGCACGGAAGCAGCCGCCCCAUCCUUCUGGCCUGCAAAGAAAACCAUUCUUCGGGUAGCUUCAGCCCGGCGGCAGAUUUCACGUACCAGAGCACGGAGCCAGGUGGGACAGACGUGGAAGCCAGAUCGCCAGCUGGGCUCCAAGCAGGGGAAGGUCUCCCGGAACCCGGGCAUCCCGAUGCUGUUGGGAUGGAGGCUGUGACUCCACAGUUCCACAUGUCCUCCUCUCAGAUGAUGCAGCUGUGGCCCGGGGACGAGAGACCGAGAGGGAGCGACAAGGACGACGCUUGUCCGGCAGAGUCUGUUCCACUUUUGGAAAGCUUCGACACUCCCCCCGGCACGGAGACCCCCCAGAGCAGCCUUGCUCCGUGGGAGGCCGGUAUGGAGAUGGGUGGGCAAGAGCCGGAAGUCCCGCCGAGCACCAGCCCUGCCAACGACGAGGAAACGAGAAGCGUGCUAAGCGAGACAACCGAGACGGCAUCCGACUUGGAAGCGGAGCUGACUGACGAGAGCACAGAAGCCCCCCGGGCUAGAGAGGAAGGCGUUGCUCCCAGCACGAGCGGCCCGGAGGAAUACGACGGGAUCCGAUCCGAGUGUUCCACUGGGACCGGCUUCUCUGCGCGCGGGGGAGACUCAUCCUCAGCGGGGCAGCCUCUCGACACCUUUUGGCCGGAAGAGCAGAAGCCGCAGCCCUCUCUCGCCCGGGAAGCCACCUCUCUCCAUGUCGAUUCAGGAUGCCAGGGACAGCUGCCGCCUUUGAGGACAUGCAAGCCGCUGUCUGUCGAGGCAAGCAAUCCCCUCAUGGUGCAGUUGCUCAAGGCCCGGCUGCCCUUGAGCCCGGUUCUCCCCGGGGCUCUCGGCAGCACCAAGGUUGAAGCAGCAGAUCAGCCUCCUGCAAGACACGGGAGCAAGAUCGCCGGGGGUCACAUCCGGGAGUCUCCUCAAGCCAAGGGGCCGGGCAUGAGCAGCAUGGCUCCAAACAGACCCCCUGCUCCAAGGUGUCCGAGAGACUCUCCGCAAAGGUGCCAUGUUCCCGGCCCCUCAACCUUACCUAGAGAGGGCCCGGAAAAACCCGAGAGCCUAGAGAUGGGCCCCGACUGCACUCCCAGCUCGGGCUCCGCAGGCCGCGUGCUGCGGGUUCCCCAGCAGCCUGCCAAGGCGAGCCCCAGGGGGGAGCCGUUUUCUCGGCGCGCCUGCAAAGAUCCAGAGGAUUCCUCAGCCGCCGAAUCCGUCCCCCGCAGGCAUCUUCAGGAGAACCUUAAGCCAACCCCGUGUUCACCUCCCGGCGGGACCCCUCGGAGUCUGGAUCAGUUCAGGGGCGCUUCCGUUCCUCAGAGUCAGGGAGUUUACGGGAAGAAAGUCUUUGGUUCCGGCUUCCCCUGCAGCGCUGCCUCUCGAGCACAGCAGCCUUUGAAAGUGCCGGAGCCGUGCCCCAUCAAGCGUGCGCCAGCACCGCCUCCCAAGAGCCUUGCGCCCGGAGCAGGCGCGCAAGCCGUAAGGGAGGACUGGCCUCCCAAGCCACGGGGGCAUCUUGGCGGCGGAGGAGUGGAGAACAAGCACGUGCCGGCUUGCUCCGGGCCCGCCAAGAGGAGCGUGGAGAAGAGGAAGGAGGUGCCGCCCAGCCCCCUGGAGCUGAUGGAGCACCUGCACGGCAUCCCCCUGGCGCGGGACCUCGCUUUCUUCAAGCUGCCGCGGGAGCCGGGGAAGGGGCUGGCCCAGCCGCUGGAGCCCUCCUCCCUCCCUUCCCAGCUGAACAUCAAGCAGGCCUUCUACGGGAAGCUCUCCAGGCUGCAGCUGAACCCCGCCGCCUUCGGCUCCGCCUCCAGCGCCCCCCUUUCCCCCCGGAGCCUGGCGGAGAGCGUGAUGCAGCUGGGCCACAAGGCGAACUUUGCCGCUUCCCGCGGCGUCUCCCUCUCGGUGCAGAUGUUCGCCGACGGCGGCGGAGUGGAGGAGAUCUCGCUCAAGUGCUCGUGCCGCCUGAAAGCCAUGAUCAUGUGCAAGGGCUGCGGGGCCUUUUGCCACGACGACUGCAUCGGGCCCUCCAGGCUGUGCGUCUUGUGCCUUGUGGUGAGAUGAUGAGCGAGGGCCCCGGGGAGGGGGG